UUUUUUUAAUAUAAUUUUAAAAUCAAAUAAAUAAUGAAUCUGACAAAAAGAUUAUGGAUUGUUAUUACAUCUUUAUUAAUAAGUUUGGUAAUCAGUAUCAAAGUAGAUGAUGAAAAUACUUUUGAAACAGUACACACAAGUAAUGCUGCAGUAUUAAAUCGUUUAGGAUUAACACCUAUUGAAACUCCUGUGAGUCAUUUCAACAAACGUUUAUCAGGACCAGAGCCUCAAAAAUUAUCAUCAUCAUUACAUUAUUCAAAUUCACUAUCACGAAUUCAUCAACCGUCUAACAGACGUCAUGGUCAUUAUGACAGUCAUGUAUAUGUGGUAAAAUUACCAGCAAGUCCGCCUUAUUAUACAGUGACGAAGCCCGUUAAGCCCGCAGUAAACCCCAUUGAUAAAUAUGAUAAAAAAAAAAAUAUCUCGAACAAAAAUGGUAUUGAAAACAGUAUUUACGGUUCAAGUACAAUACAUAAACCAUCAUCUGUUGGAUUUAACAGUAAUGGUAAACCUGAUAAAAUUUAUCACUGGAAUCUUCCGCUAAUGAAAAAAAUUAAUGAAAAAAAACGACUAAAUACACUAUUUAAAAUGGAUUUAUUUAAAAAAAAUUAUUUAAAAAAUAUUAAAAAUUAUAGUAAUAACAAUACCCAAACAAGGAAUAAUGAUAAAUUAUUAAAUUACUAUAAUGAAAAAAGUAAUCAUAACGAAUCAAUAAAAGUUAAUGAUUUUUUAAAUAAAAUUAAAAAUGAUAAUAAUUAUACGCGAAAAAUGUACCGAUUAGAUGAAGAUAUCUAUAAAUUAAACAACUUUCAUAAUAGUUUAUUGGAUAAUAAAAAAAAAAAUGAUAAUUACUUUGAUACAAAUAUUAAGGAAAUCGAAAAUACAAAACAACGAAAAAUUAAAACAUCAAUGACGUAUUAUGCACCAAUUACAACGGAAGCUACGGAAUUAUCAUUAAAUAACAAUAAUAAAAAAUAUUUUUCAGGUAAUGGAAAGCCAAAGGCAUUUUAUGUUAUGGAAAAAAGUCGCCGCAAACCUAUUUACUACCAUUCAUUAUUGCCAUAAUCAUUUAUAAUAACUUUUAAUCGUCAUUUUUAUAUAUAAAAUAUAUUAGCUUAGUUUUAUAAUAAAAUACAAAUACUUGUAUCUAUUUUAUUGUCAACAUAAGUAUACAAAAAAAUAAAUUUUAUUAAUAACACAUUAAGAAGCAUACAUAUAUUGAAUAGACUGAGAGAAUAAUAGACUUUUGUAUAAUAUACUCUC